AUGCCCAUCUUUGUUGCCGCGAUAACCGCCGUUGCGUCUGGUUUUAUCCUCCCACUGCUGUGGUCCGGCUGCCGGUCAAGUCAACUCUCCGAGGACGAAGAGAGGGUGGUGUGGCUGCGUAUGCAGGAGGAGGACUGUCCCCUGACACCCUGGCCCGAGAUCUACUCGCAUCUUCUGGACAUGCAAUUUUCAACUCGACUGAGCGAAGGCCGACCCUCGCUGGCGGAGGUCCGUAGAGCUCUAAGAAGUGCCCGAAGAGCAACUAUCGCCAGCUUUGUUGGCUGCAUGCUCUGGUGUUUCGUGGUCUGGCCGCUGCUUUCCUUCCUCUCCCAAACUCUCAGUUUCAGUCAAUUUAUUCUCUGGGUACGCAUCCUUCUGCCAAUUCUUUGA